AUGGAUGUGUGGUGUGGUUAUGAGCUUAUUGCAGGUUAUGGACUUGGUGCAGCUGUUGGUUUAUUCACAUCCUCCCUUAUGCCAAAUGUAACAGAUCCAACGGCACAGCAAACUCAAAUGGCAAGGGAAAUAUUGAGAGAGAUGAAGGGUGCCAUGUUAAGCUAUGCCAAAAAUUUUGCCAUUCUUGGAGCUGUAUUUUCUGGUGUAGAAUGCUGUAUCGAAAGUGCUAGAGGAAAAUCAGAUUGGAAGAAUGGGACAUAUGCAGGUGGACUCAAAGCUGGAUUGUUUGGAGCUGCCGGUUUUGCUGCCUUCUCUACUGUAAUAGACUACUAUAUGCAUCAACGGGGAUCUUAA